AUGUCGCCAGCAUCUCCCUGGAUGGAAGUUCUAACAGCUGCCCUGGAGCGAUGGGUGCCCGUGACACCCGACUCCAACAGCCAGCGGGCCAGCAUGCAGGAGUCACACGGAACUGUAACAAAGGAAGAAGAGGUCACUAAUGGGAACAAAAUUAUGGGCCAAAACGGUUUUGAACAUAUCUGUGCUAUGACUCCAUUAUUAGCUAUCCUAGCCUCAGCAGUGUCACUCAGAUGUGUCUCCAGCACCCAAGAGUCUGUGCUCCGAGAGCUGAUGAACCUCAGGCCAGAUUUGAAGUUACUGCUGUAUUCACUAGUUUCUAUUUCCCCACUAGGCAAUCAAGUUGAAGAAAUGCUUCUAGUACACAGUGCAAACUAUAUUUAUUCAGCUGUUCCAAUGGGAUUUUCUCUUAGUAAAUCUGCUACUCGAUCUGCUAUAUGUAUGGAUUCAAAAGUGGAUGACCACUUAAUGCAAGGAACUGAGAAAAACAAGUUAGAACCAGUAACUUGGUUAUUUCAAAACACCAAGAAAAUAAGAUCAGAAAACAUAAACCAAGAAAACUUUGCAAGUAAAGAGACUGACACAGGAUCUCUUUCAGAAAAAAUUUUGGGUUGAGUGGUUUAUGUUACAGAAAGUGAUGGAAUCAAAAUGACAGAUGUGGAAUGAAGUUAUUUAUACAAAUUACCAAAAAAGCCACAAAUUACUUUUGUCUAAGAGGGCAUGUGUUGAAUGAGAACUUAACCUUACUGAGAAAACCUAACAGAAUGAAGGAAGAUGACUGCUUUUUUUUUCACUGUUUAUGAAUCACCUUAGACUGCAUUUUUUGAUAAUACAUAUUGAAAAGUUGCUUUAGGGAGGAAAAGCUUUUCAAAAUUCAAAGCAGGUUUCUCUGUUAUUACAUUCUAUCCUAUUCAAAAUCAGAAUUUUUGAGUAACAGUAUUUAAAUGGCACCAAAACAUAUUAAUUAAAAUGUAUUUAUUUAACAAGUGGUCAAAAAAUAUAAAACGGUGCCCAAUUUGACAUCAGUAUGUCACACUAUUUCUGGUGUACCAAUUUUCUAUGUUAUAAUUCCAGUUUGAGAUUUUGCUUUAGGGGACUUUAUCUUCCUUCCUGUUUAGUAAAAGUUCACUGCAAGUAGACUCUGUUAAAGACCAGCAAAUUGUAUACUUUGAGAAGCAGUUCAUAUUUCAAAUUAUCUUUUCAAAACUGUUAUUUUUCCUCUAUGUUGAAUUAAUUUGUUACAAAAUAGUUAUUUCCAAGUGUAAUAGUUUAUUUUGCCGAUGCUACCAUUUUAUACCAUCAAUAUUUCAUAAGAAAAUAGACUAGUACUAAAUACCAUUCUUAUUGAAGCUUGAAACAGCACUGUUGUCCCAAGUAAUGUUAGAUGAAAUUAAAACCAUUUUGUGUCUGGACAUAGCUUGAAACAGCACUGUUGUCCCAAGUAAUGUUAGAUGAAAUUAAAACCAUUUUGUGUCUGGACAUAGCUUGAAACAGCACUGUUGUCCCAAGUAAUGUUAGAUGAAAUUAAAACCAUUUUGUGUCUGGACAUAGAAUGGCCUGUAACAACUUAUAUUAUGUAUGUUUUGAACAUUUUUCUGUACUUUAAUAUAUAAUGACUAUCCCUACUGCCCAAUUGAGUUAUCUCCUUAAUAUUCAUAAAAACAAAGAAGAAAAUUCAUCUUCUUUUAGGAGAAGCAAUAUUUUAUAAAUUGAAACAGUACUAAACAAAUAUAUUUGUAGGGGAAUAUUGAGUCUAGAGUAAAAAUACUGAAUGAGAAAUAAGCCAAUAAGAUGAUGUUUAUCAUUUAUAAAACAUAAUUCUAUGGGAGAGAAAACACAGACAAAUCAUUCAUUUGUUCACCUAGCCUGACACCGUGCUUGGUGCUGGGGAUAUAGUGGUGAGUAAAAGAGCUACUACCUUACAAUGCUUGCUGUUUGUCUACCAGGGAAGACACAUAAGGUACAAAUUGUGAUGUGCCAUGAGGAAAAAGUAAAAUGUUCAGAAACAGAAGAGGAGACAUAAACUUGAUUUUUAAUAGUGGGAACUAGAAAGGCUUCUCUGAGGACAUGACAUAUAUAACUUUUGCAGUGACAUGGUUGUCCAAGUAAGAUGAUGGUGAUGGCUGAGGUGUUGAGAAGGGGACAGAUUCCAGGUGAAAUCUGGCAGGACAUAGUGAUGGUCUGAAAGUGGCACCUGAGGAAAAAGCAUUUCUAGCAAAAAAAAUGGCUAGCUGCAUGGAGGCUCCCACGGGGAAAGGUGAGCUCAGGAGCAUGGUUUUUGGACAUAUCAGAUUUCCAAGGCAAGUAGACAGUUGUAUGUAUAGAACUAAAAAUAUAAAUUUUGAAGUCGUAUACAGUAAUGGUAUUUAAAGCCAUGGGAAUGGGUGAGAUUGCUUAAGGCGGAUGUGUAGUUUGAGAUAAAGUCCUGAGGAACUCCAUAGCUUAGGAGCUGGUCAGCGCAGGGGGAGCUGGCAAAGGGGACUGAGAGUUGGCAGUGAGGCUGGCUGAAAACGAAGACAAGAUAACGUCAAGAUUGUCCACAGGAGUCUUUAAGGUAGAGGUCGUCAGCUGAAAGGUUAGAUGAGAACUGAAAGGUCCUUGGAUCUAGCAACAUAAAUGUCACCAAUGACCUCAGCAAAACCACUUUUUUAAAAACAGGGCCUUGGCUCGGAUAUUUACAAACUUGUUUUUCACCUCCAAGAAAGUCCAAGUGGACAUCUGAUAGUUAUGUUGGAUGCUGAAUUUGGAAUGAUCCUUCGUUGUGUGUGAUGCUCCAUGCACUGCAGGAUGUCAAAUGUAGUAGCACA